AUGGGUGAUGUGAACGCUAAUAUGUUAAAUAUCCUUGAUGUCCCUCGGGGACAUCUUUGCGAUAUUUUUCAAACAUAUCAAUUGUCGCAGUUAAUCGAUGAGCCGACGAGAACCACUAGUGAGUCGUCUACAUUGAUUGAUAUAUUUAUAACGACCAAUAAAGAAACUAUUGUUCAUUCGGGCGUUUAUCCAUUAUCUAUUAGCGAUCAUUGUCUAAUUUAUGCCGUCAGAAAAAUUGGCAUAUCUAAAAACAAACCGAAGUUUAUCACGACUCGUAGUUUUAAGCAUUUCAAUGAGGAAAAGUUUAAGACAGAUUUAAGUAAAGUUGAUUGGCCUGUGACUGAUAUGUUUGAUGAUGUCGACAAGGCAUGGGACAAUUGGAAAGAUAAAUUUAUAUCAAUUGUCGACAAUCAUGCGCCACUAAGAACUAUACGUGUAAGAAAUAAACCAGUUCCUUGGAUUAACAAUACGAUCAAAUUUCAGUUGUAUCAAAGAGAUAUGCUGAAGAAAAUUGCUAAGCGUACUGGAAAGCCGGACGAUUGGACCAACUAUAAGAAAGCUCGCAAUAAAACAAAUUCAGACGUGAUCACUGCGAAACGUCGUUAUUAUCAAAAUAAAUUAAACGAGUUUAAAGACGACUCAAAAGGCACUUGGAAAACGUUAAAUAGUCUUAUCGGCAAACCAUCCAAAAAUACUGAAAUUAAUGAAAUUAAAAUUCCUUCAAAUGUUAACGACACUUUAACAAACGCAUGCGAUAUUUCUAAUCAUUUUAAUAAAUAUUUUUCACAAAUUGGAGCAAAGCUUGCUGCUGAAGUUCCAGAUUAUAAUGUUGAUCCGACAAAAUAUUUAAAAAAAGCAAAUUCGUCUUUUGCUUUUGUCGAAAUAGAACCUGAAGAAGUUUUAAAAUUAUUGAAGAAGCUCGACAUUUCUAAGGCCACUGGUCUGGAUAAUAUUUCGAACAAGAUAUUAAAAAUCGCAGCACCUUGUAUUUAUGGACAUCUUGCCAGCCUAUUUAAUUUAUCCAUUAAGCAUAAUGUUUUUCCAAUUGAGUGGAAAUCAGCAAAGGUUUUUCCUAUUUUUAAAUCCGGUGAACGCAGUGACUCAAAUAAUUAUAGACCAAUAUCUGUUUUGCUUGGUGUUUCUACGUUAUUUGAGAGAUUGGUCUAUAAUCAGAUUUAUGCAUAUCUAAUGAAAUUUGAUCUAAUUAAUUCAAGGCAAUUCGGUUUUAGGUCACUGCAUUCAACUGUAACUGCAUUACUGGAUUUAACUAACCAGUGGUAUUAUAAUAUUGAUAGAGGUAUGAUCAAUGGUGUCUUAUUUUUAGAUUUAAAAAAAGCAUUUGACACUGUUGAUCAUAAUAUAUUAUUAACCAAAUUAAGUUUUCUUGGAAUCUGUGAUAAAACAUUACAUUGGUUUAAAUCAUAUUUUACUGAUAGAACUCAACAAUGUUAUGUUAAUGGUUAUUUAUCUGGUAAAGUGCAGGUCAAAAGUGGAGUUCCCCAAGGUUUAGUUCUAGGUCCUUUAUUAUUUCUUAUUUAUAUAAAUGAUUUGACGACUUCUGUUAAUCAUGGUACUGCCCGAAUGUAUGCAGAUGAUACUAACGUAUCAUUCUCAGCAUGUGUUUUUUCUGAACUUCAACGGCAGAUGAAAAAAGACCUGGAACAUUUAGAAUCCUGGCUUAUAGCCAACAAACUUACUUUAAAUACAGUGAAAACUGAAUAUAUGGUUGUUGGUUCAAAACAAAGAAUAAAUUCACUUGUGGGUGAUCUGACACUUUCCCUUAAUGAUAUAUCUCUACGUAAAGUUAAGAGUACUAAGUGCUUAGGAGUGACAAUAGACGAAUUUCUCACAUGGGCUGAGCACAUAGAUAAUGUAAUUGAAAAAUUAGCGAUCGGCGUUAGUCUUCUACGUAGAAAUAGAAAAGUCUUGAAAAAGUGCGAUCUUAUGAAUGUAUAUAGAGCUAUUGUAGAACCUUAUUUUGAUUACUGUUGUAUAAUUUGGGAUGGCAUCAGUGACUAUUUGGCGUUAAAGCUUCAAAAACUUCAAAAUCGUGCAGCACGUAUUAUUACUGGAGCCGACUAUUCGCGAAG